AUGAUCGCCAUUUACAUCCUUCUUGCCUUGGCUGUCUUCUCUUCUGCUGAAGAAAGCGCCAGCACUGAUGUGACUGUUGAAACCCGUUUCCCAACUGAAGAAUGCUUCGAUUCCGCCGGAACUGAAUUAUGCAAAAUCUUCGAAAUCGCCUGCACCGAUGAGACCCAACAGAAGACUGCUACUGAGCAAUGUGCUUUCACUUGUCGCCGAUGCUAA